AUGCUGGAAUUUUUGUUGGGUUCCUCUACGCCAGAGUGCUACGAUGAAGAUUCAUGGAUGCUUUCGCCUCAAAUUUGGAUACUGGGAGAAAAGAAAAUAGCUGGACUUUCUAGCAAUAUAUCAACAUCAUUGAUGAGUACGGUUGGUGAUAAGUCUGAUGAUGAAUACUCCGUCAUUGGAGAUAAAGGAGAUAUUGGAUUCGUGGAUUUCGGAAAUUGUAAAUCUGUUUGUAACUACAAUCCUGCAGAAGAGAGUGAUGUAGUCAAUAUCUCCGUUCCACUUCCUUUAGUUGGAGGAAAGCCUCAAUCAGGAUUUGUUGGAGAAACCACUUGUGAUUCCAUAACCAUAAUGAAUACUACUAACGAACCAUUAGAUCUCUGGUCUGUCAGUAUUUAUGAUUCAAAACCUCCGGAGUCCUUCACAAUUUCUUUGAUGAAGCCUCCAACUGCAGAUUCUGAUGUGGAAUAUAUCAAAGAAUUUUUAGAAUCAUUUUCCCUGGAAGACAGAGUGCUAAGACCAGGUCAAACUUUGACUAUUUGGUUGUCAUGCAAAACUAAGGAAAUUGGCUUGCACACUGCAGCUGUUCACUUUAGUGUGGGGGACGAGACAAUAGAAAGGCUUGUUUUUGUGUUGGCAGAAGAUAAGAUCUCCCAAUCUUUAUCUUCUACUAAACCCUUUUAUAGAGCUCGUAAAAAGAAACCGGCUGUGGUGGAUGUAUUUUCUGCAGAUGGUGCAUUUGUUACAGGCUCACGCCCUUAUAAGCCUUCAAAUCGUGGGCGUAAGCACCAGCUACCUGAAUUUCGUGUGCCUGUACAUAUCAGGGACAUGGUGAAUAACAAGCAGAUUCCAGAUCCAGUUAAUGAGGGUCUAACCGAAGAAAACUAUGGUCCAUUCUUCCAAACAUUACUUAACAUGGAAGAGAUCAAAAUGGAGGAAGACAUGCGGGCAUAUGAUAUGGAGUGUGUUACUAUGAAGAGCAAGAAACACCAAUUAUUAUCCCUCGAGGUCCCAGGAUUAGCUGAAAGAAGGCCUUCACUUGUAAAUGGGGAUUUUAUAUUUGUGAAGCUUGCUUCUGAGGAUACAACUGAGCAUGAUCCUUAUCAGGGCUUCAUUCACCGGGUUGAGGCCGAAGAAAUACAUUUGAAAUUUCACAAAAAUUUUCACUCGAAUCACAGGGAAAGUAACGUUUAUAAUGUACAAUUCAACUAUAACCGACUGAGUAUGAAAAGGUUGUAUCAGGCCAUUGAAGUUGCUCAACAUUUGGAGAGAAACUUUCUAUUCCCAUCUGAGUCCUCUAAAAGAAGACUGGUUCUACCUAAAUCAUUGGUACCAACAUCCGGUACCCUUAAUGAGGAGCAGAUGCGUGCGAUCAAGAUGAUCCUUGCCUGCAAAGGAGGGUCUCCAUAUGUGAUUCAUGGACCCCCAGGUACAGGAAAAACAUCGACGUUUAUUGAAGCUAUCCUGCAGAUAUACUCUAAAAGACGAAAUGCUCGAUUUCUAGUAUGUGCACCUUCAAAUAGUGCAGCUGACCACAUCCUUGAUCGACUCAUCAGCAAUCCAUCAGCAAAGAUUCAGAACACUGAAAUCUUUAGGCUCAAUGCAAUCACACGUCCUUUUGAGGAUGUGAACCCAGAUUAUAUUGACUUUUGCUUUGUUGAAGAUUCCAUUUUUAAGUGUCCUCAUAUUAAGGACCUUUUGCGGUAUAGGAUCAUUAUAUCAACAUAUUCAAGUGCCUCUCUUCUCUAUACGGAAGGCAUAAACAGAGGCCAUUUCUCAUAUAUUUUCUUGGACGAGGCAGGCCAAGCUUCAGAGCCAGAUUCAAUGGUUCCUCUGUCUCACCUUUGGUGGAAGGAUACAGUUGUUGUUCUUGCUGGAGAUCCUUUGCAGCUAGGUCCUGUAAUUUUUUCUAAAGAUGCUGAAACCUAUGGAUUGGGAACUUCAUAUUUGGAGAGGCUGUUUGAUAACAAGUUAUAUGGCAGUGGAGACGAGAAUUAUAUAACCAAAUUGGUUAGAAAUUAUCGAUCUCAUCCUGCAAUUCUGCAUCUUCCUUCAGAAUUGUUUUAUGGCGGGGAAUUGAUCUCGUGCUACGAGGAGAGUACUGGUUUUUCCACAUCCCGGGAAAAUCUCCUCCCAAAGAAGGAGUUCCCUUUGCUUUUUGUCGGUAUUCAAGGUUGUGACGAGAGGGAAGGGAGCAAUCCAUCAUGGUUUAACAGAAUUGAAGUUAGCAAGGUAGUUGAGAUUAUUGAGGACCUAAUAGAGCAUGAUGGGCUGAAGGAAGAAGACGUUGGGGUUAUAACACCUUACAGGCAGCAGGUGCUCAAAAUAAGACGGGUGUUAGAAAAUUUUGGUCGACUCAACAUUAAAGUUGGCAGUGUCGAACAAUUCCAAGGGCAAGAGAAGCAAGUCAUUAUUAUAUCUACUGUACGAUCAACUGUAAAACACAAUGAAUUUGACAAAUUACAUUAUUUGGGAUUUUUGAGCAAUUCUAGAAGGUUCAACGUAGCAAUCACCCGAGCCAAAUCUUUGCUUAUUGUUACUGGGAAUCCACACAUCCUUUGCAAGGAUCCAUACUGGAACAAGCUCCUGUGGUAUUGUGUGGAUAAUGGCUCCUACGAGGGCUGCUUUCUCCCUGAAAGGCAGGAAUUCAAUGAAAGAGAGUUUGGAGAGGAACAGUAUCCAGGCUAUGAAGUGGAAAAUCAUUAUCAGCCAUCUGAAGCUCAGUGGGGUGGGGGUUAUGAAGGAAACAAUUAUCAGCCAUCUGAUUUGCCAUGGGUUGAGCCAGAAAACGAUUUUAAGCCCUCCGAUGUGCAGUGGGGUGAGGCAGAAAACAACUUUAAGCCCUUGGACGUGCAUAGGGGUGAAGCAGAAAACAGUUAUGAGCAGUCUGAUGUGCAGUGGGGCGAUGCAGAAAACAACUUUAAGCCCUCGGAUGUGCAGUGA